AUCUUUUUUAUGGAAUAACUUAUAAGACCGGAAAAUUAAUUCAGCACCUGUAGUCUCGCAAAAUGCGUCUGAUUUUGAGAUAACAAAUCUGCACCAUCGUUAAAAAUAAUUUUAACAUAUGCUUUUUUUGAGAACGAAAAAUUGUCUUUCAAAUGUGGAAUAGCUUAUUUUGAGGCAAAGGUUCUCCACUGUCCAUUUCAGCAUGACCAGUGGAACCUCCAGUCCUGCACAGUUCUGUGGGGACAGCGCCUCUUUAUUGUCCCUGGAGUCUAAUGUUUUUUACAGCGAAGCACCUCUAACAACUGAUGACACUUUAGAAUUCUUCAUUAUCAAUGUUGGUGGAAGUCGCUACAUCAUUUCCCAUGAGCUGUUGGUGUCUUACCCUGAGACUAGGCUCGGCAAGCUGGCCCUGUCAACCCGUGAUGGUGCCAUGGACCUUUGUGACGACGCAGACCUCCUGGAGAACGAGUUCUUCUUUGACCGCAACUCACAGACUUUCCAGUACAUCAUGAACUUCUACAAGACGGGUCACUUGCAUGUGCGAGAGGAACUGUGUGUUGUCUCCUUCCUCCAGGAGAUCGAGUACUGGGGGAUCGAUGAGCUGCGCAUCGAUUCUUGUUGCCGGGAUAAGUAUUACCGUCGGAAGGAGAUGAAGGAAUGCCUGGAUAUCAGGAGGGACGUGGAUGUCGUAGACAGUGAGGAGGAGGACUUCACAGGGGUGAUGUGCCAGGACUUGAGACAGAGAUUAUGGGACCUCAUGGAGAAGCCAGACUCGUCCACAGCUGCAAAGACAUUUGGGACCCUGUCCAUGUUCUUUGUGGUGGUGUCCAUCGUGAACAUGGCGCUCAUAUCUCUGGACCUCACCAUGCUGGGCCAGCCGAUUCUGGAUGCCCUGGAGUACGUGUGCAUCAUCUGGUUCACGGGCGAGCUCUUGCUCCGCUUCAUGUGCGUGAGGAACAAGUGCAAGUUCAGCAGGAGUGUGGUGAACAUCAUCGACCUGCUGGCCAUCCUGCCGUUCUACAUCACGUUGGUGGUGGAGAACCUGCACGGUGGCUCCACGGAGCUGGAGAACAUGGGCCGAGUGGUGCAGGUGCUCAGACUAUUGAGGUCACUCAGAAUGCUCAAGCUGGGCCGCCAUUCCACAGGUCUAAAGUCCCUAGGCAUGACGAUCACCCAGUGCUACCAGGAAGUGGGCCUGCUGAUGCUCUUCCUGUCGGUGGGCAUCUCCAUCUUCGCCACAGUCGAGUAUGCCAUUGAGCACGACCUGCCUGAUACCACCUUCAUCAACGUGCCCAGUGCCUGGUGGUGGGCCACCACCUCCAUGACCACGGUGGGCUACGGCGACAUACGGCCCGACACGGCCGUGGGCAAGGUGGUGGCCUUCCUCUGCAUCCUCUCAGGCAUCCUCAUCCUGGCGCUGCCCAUCGCCAUCAUCAACGACCGCUUCUCGGCGUGCUACUUCACGCUCAAGGUGAAGGAGGCCGCGCUGCGGCACAGUGAGGCGCUCCGGCGGCUGGCCCGUGGCUCCACCUCCGAGGGUGCGGCGCUCGGGGUCAACCUGCGCGACGCCUAUGCCCGCAGCGUGAUGGAGAUGCUCCGCCUCCAGGGGAGGGAGAGGGCAAGCACACGCAGCAGCGCCGCCGAUGACCCCUGGUGAUAAAGGCCAUCGAAGUGCAUAGAGCAGUAUAGAGCACACGCACACACAAGCAUAUACACAAUAUGUAUCACACAAUUUUCAUCGUCUCUGCUUUACAUUAUUUUUGUGUACAGGGGUAUAGGCAGCUAUUAUCCUAUAUACGUGUAUAUAGGACAUAAACAUAUAUAGUGUAAAAUAUGUAUACCCACAUGAAUGAAGCAGACACGAUUAAUGAUUGGGGCAAAGAAAUGGAGAGAAUAUUCAUAAGUAAACAAAAACAUACAUUAACCAAGACAUUUGCUUACAAAACUAAUAUAGUAGACUGUCAUACACACAGACAAACAAUCAAUUCAGUGACAGGCAAGAAUGUUUUUCAUAAACAAGCCAAUACAUACCUGCAUACACUCAAACAUAGACACAGGUAUCUGUUAGGGGAAUGAAAUUGAAGCAAGGAGCAAGGUGGAUAAAGGCCUUGUUAACAUCUCAGCUUCAAAUGGGCACUAUACUAUACUACACUGGUGACCUGAGGAGAAAGUGAAUAUUUCUGAAUAAAAUAAUGUAUGUGGUAAGCUAUGGAGUGUGGGGUAAGAUGGAUAAAUACCAUAGGGCUACACCCAGCCUUUGUCUCCUAACAGUACUAGAAAUCUGGAUAUUCUUGGUCAUCAGAUACAUUUACAGACACACAGAGAAAAAUACUCAUCAUUUCAUGCAACAAAUUACCGGUAAUGGACUUUGUUGAACUUCAGUUUAUUCAAAUGACUAAAAAAAAAACCCUGAUGUACCAAAAACUGACAAAAACAUUCACUUUGCUGUACAUAACAAUAUCAUAUAUUUUUUUUAUUUUAUGUGCUAACCUGAACUUGUGAUUGCUAACUUGCCAUUUUAGAUAUACUGUAAUUCUUGUAUGUUCUUCUCAUACGGGUAGGCUCUAAUUCUUUGUAGUCCGGCGUGGGUAAGUGUGUAAAAAUAUGUCUCCCGCAAGCCAAUUGCAUAACAAACCAGCCUCUUUGUCCCCAUUCUGUAUCCCGUGGGAGUGUAUGUUCUUCUGAAAUGCCAUAUCUAGCUCCUGAGAGGUCAAGGUAACCUGCGUGUCAGGCAUCACCUCACAGAGCUGCUGGAGAGACUGCAGGAGUUCUUUUAACCACCAUUAACACCUUGUCAAGGCAACAGCAUCACGCAGUGCCAGUUUGUCUCAUCAUGCAGCCCUCUGCGAAAAGUUAUAUAAAGUGAGAUGUGUGUGUGUGUGUGUGUGGGUCAUUAUCGUCAUUAUCCAUGGUCAGGAGUGGAGAAUACAGUUUAUACUAUGGAACUAUUUAUUUGUUUCCGAUUGACCGAGAGACGUUCCAUGAGUUGGAAUAUCCCUGGACAUUUCAACUCAGACUUUGCAGAGCUAAUA